CGAAGCGCAACUUCCUGUGCGCAGCUUGUCGGCUUCUGUGUGAGGAAUGAAUCUUUAAGCAAAUUUAACUCAAAGAAGUGAUAAUAGACAAGAAUGGUGACAGUCGAAGAACUUUAUCAAAAAUUUGGGGUCUUGGCAGACGCAAAAGAUAAAGCCGGAGAGCAUGAAGCAGAGUUUUUGUACAUAAUCAGCGCAGUUAAAGGAGGGCCUGGAGAAAAGAGAUUGGCAUCCCAGUUUGUGACCCGAUUUUUCAAAUACUUUCCUAAACUUGCCUACCAAGCCAUCAACGCACUGUUUGAUCUCUGCGAAGAUGAUGACAUAAAUAUUCGUAAGCAAGCCAUAAAGGACCUGCCCAGUCUCUGUAAGGUGGACAAGGAUCAUGUCCCCAAGAUUGCUGAGGCCCUCACUCAGUUACUGCAGUGCGAGGACCAAAAUGAGCUAUCACUGAUCCAUUCCUCUCUCAGCCAGCUGCUCACAAUCAAUGCUAAAGGUGUUCUUCAUGGCUUGUUCACACAGAUCAAUGGAGAAGAUGAUGGUGUCAGAGAGAAGGCCAUUAAAUUCCUUUUUGUGAAUCUUCGCAAACUGCCUGAUGAAACACUGAACAAAGAGGCGCAGGAUUACUUGGUGGACGAAUGUAAAAAGGUGUUGCAUGAUGUUACAAAAGAGGAGUUUAUAUUCAUUAUGGAGAUUCUCAAGUCAGUGCCCAGUAUGAACACUGUGAUAGGGCGACAGCAGCUGCUUGAGAUAGUCACUGAACAGGCCGAACUUGACCAGGCAUUUGAGGCUUCUGACACAGACAUUGUGGAUAGACUGUUGUCAUGUGCAAAGCAGGCCGUACCAUUGUUUUCUAAAAAUGUUCAUUCAAAAGUGUUCUUGAGUUACAUAUGCAAUCAUGUGCUGCCAGGAUUGGGUCGAAUGUCUCCGCCAGGGGAUGGAGUGGAUGUGAAAUUGGACAUGUUAAAACUGUUAGCAGAGAUCUCAGAACAUAAUGGAUUUACACAGGACGAUUGCAAAUCACCUUUGCAAAAUGUUUUUGAAAGAUUAAUAGAGUACAUGCCCCUGCCCCCUGCAGACCUAGAGACUGACACAAGCCCCACAGACGAGCCAAAACUACAGUUCUCAUACGUGGAGUGCCUCAUGUACACCUUCCACCAGCUGGGACGAAAGUGUCCUGAGUUCCUGACAGCAGAGGAGGCAGCUGAGAGGCUGAAAGACUUCAGACUCAGGUUACAGUAUUUUGCCCGAGGAGUGCAGAUAUACAUUAAACAGUUACGUCAGGACCUACAAGGGAAGACAGGGGACAUACUUAAAACAGAGGAGAGUAAAUUGAAGGUGUGUGCAUUAAAGGUGACGUCCAACAUUAACAGUCUCAUCAAGGACCUGUUCCACAAUCCUCCCUCGUACAAAUGCAUGGUCACACUGUCAUGGAAACCAGCAGUCAAAGCUGCAGCGCACUCAACAGAUCCUGCCAAUACAGCAGGACAAAAGCGUUUUACACCAGUUACGUAUGAUGGUUCAUCAAACGGAGCAUCAAAUGCAAAGAAGAUGAAUCGUGAACCGCGUCAGCUAUAUGCCCCGCCCAGUGGCAAAUUUAGUGAAAAAGCCGGCACAUUCACAGGGUCAACGCGAGGUGGUAGCUCCGGUAGACCCUUUAGGGGCCGGGGAUUCAGAAGAGGUUCGAGAGGCAGGUUUUAGGGACUUUAAGUGUGAACUUUGACCACUGUUGAGUGGAUGAGGAAGUUGAUGGAUUUAGAAGAGAUUCUUUUUAGACAUAUUGACCAAGUUGUGGAUUAUUUUAACUAUAUAGUUGAGGAGGUUCAGUUUGCUUGUAGUGACACAUGGAAAUGACUUGUGCAUGUCUUUAAGUGGUUAAUGGGAACAUACUUUAAAUUAUGAUAAUUUUUAAGAUCUUUAAAACGGUAGUGUGAAUUGAUUUGCAAAUUUGUAACAACUGUGUUAAGGCAGUUUGUAAUUACAUUACUUUUUUAAGCAGCAGUUGAUGCAUGAGAUAACAGAUCUUACAUGUAUGUUUGCAUUGGGCGGAUUGAAAGUGGCUUGGAUAUCUGUCAAAAACUUUGAAGUGUCAUCUGCAUGCUGCAUUGAAAGUGGCUUGGAUAUCUGUCAAAAACUUUGAAGUGUCAUCUGCAUUCUGCAUUGAAAGUGGCUUGGAUAUCUGUCAAAAACUUUGAAGUGUCAUCUGCAUUCUGCAUUGAAAGUGGCUUGGAUAUCUGUCAAAAACUUUGAAGUGUCAUCUGCAUUCUGCAUUGAAAGUGGCUUGGAUAUCUGUCAAAAACUUUGAAGUGUCAUCUGCAUUCUGCAUUUUUCUAUAAAUCUGUUCAUGUUUCAUUUUAAUUACAUUCAAAUAAAAUUUUCAUGGAUCUUU